AUGAUCCUAUAUACUUGUAGAACAAUAUUUACAAAUACUAAUGAAUUAACUUCAGCUAUAUCAUUAUCAGUUGAGUCUUCAAAUAGUGAUAAUGAUAAUUCUAUAUCAUCUGAAAUAGCAGAGUUUUUAAUUGAAUCUGAUAAUGAAUCUGAUAAUAAAUCUAAUAAUGAAGAUAAAAACAAAAAUAUGAAAAA